AUGUUUGUGCAGCGCGCAGACCCUGAACUGAACGUCAUCAUAUUUGGAGAAUCGGGAGUAGGUAAAAGUUCAGUGGUGAACGUGCUCGUCGGUACGCCCGCGGCAAAGACCUCCCAGGAUGCGGACACAUGCACCUUGACCUCGGAGCGGUACUUCGCUGUCCUCGAGUCACUGGACGAGCGCAUUAUCACCCUCUGGGACACCGCAGGGCUUAGCGAUUCUCGCCUUGGGUGGGACAGCUAUCUCGACGCCGUCAGUAAAGCCAACGAGCUUAUCGGGGAGCUCCGCAGAGCCGGAGGGAUUCAUCUUCUGCUGUUCGUGAUGCGUGCAGGCAGGAUGACCACGCUCAUCGAGAAGAACUACAAGUUGUUUUCGGAGGUCUUGUGUGCGGGUAAGGUUCAUACAGGAAUAGUGGUGACCCACUUGGAGAACGAACAAAACCCAGAAGAUUGGUGGAGAAGGAACGAGAAUGCACUGCUGCAGUCAAACAUACAUUGUAAUGGCCACGCCUGCAUCUCGACGCUCGCUGCCCCCGCAAACUCACUCCAGCAUGACGACGCAAGGGAGACAAUCACCCGCCUGAUCCGUGACUGUGCAUUGAUCAAGCCGAUGAUAGAGAGUAAAGAUGUGUGGGUCAUCCGAGUUGUGGAAUGGAUAUGGAGAGCCUUCGUUCCGAAGGCAAAUAGACCCAGGGUUAGAAAGCUGGCACGUCAGCUCCAGCAGCGUUGCGGCUUCUUGAAAGGCGAAGCCGAGCUCCUCGCCCAGAAGUUGUCGAAUGUUCCAGACGACACCUCAUUCUCGUAA